AUGGAGACGAUUAAAGUGAUUCUUGAAGGCGAUGUCUUUCUUAUUUGGGAUAAGGCAGUAAGUUGUUGGAUUCUGGAUUUUGUAGAUGAUACGAUUACUUUAGAAAAGGAAUAUAAUAAAGGCCCUCCUAGCCAUGGUGAAUCAAAAAGCAAUGAUUUCCAAGGCGAUGGUUAUGUGUCGGAGGACAGGGAGAAUUCAAUGGUUGAUGAGGAAUUAAAUAUUCCGAUAAAUCAAUCUAACUUUGCUCAUCCAGAAGCCUCGAAUUUCACUAUUGGUCAGACUUGUGUGAGGUCUCCUGUGGCAGUGGCUCGGCAGGGUCCAUCUCCUUCGGUUGAUGGUGCUACCUCGUUAGCAAAUCUUUUUGGGAAAGAAGAUAUUGAAUCUGAUCAUGUAACUACUGGUUCAUUUCUGGGAUCUAAAGGGUUUCUUAGAGGUAUUCUUUGUGUGUGGGACCCGACAAAGUUUAUUAUAUAUCGCAUUUUGUCUACCACUAAUAGUGUCAUAGUGGAUGGGAUGUGGGUACUUACGGGUUAUUCACUUAUGAUUAUUUCGGUGUAUGAUCCUCCUCAAGGUGUUGGUGAAAGGAGAGCUUUAUGGGAUUAUUUUUCUAAUGCCAUUCCGAGAUGGCGUGAUGAAGUAAUCGCUCUCGGUGAUUUUAAUGAAGAUCUUCCUAGCACGCACUUCCAUAACUCAACUAUAAAUAGAGGGCAGUGUCAUUCCAUUUCUGCACACCUCUUUAGUCUCCCUCUCACUCUCUACUUCGAAGUUGUUGCUCCCUAG